AUGGGAGACUCAUAUCUUGCAAUAGAUGUAAUUGUAAUGUCAUUAAUGGAAGAGAAAGAAAUUAGUACAAUAGUAGGAAAUAGUGGAAUUAAUGUGAAAGAAUUUAACAAAAAAAUAACAGAAAUGAGAAAAGGACAAAGUGUAGAAACAAAAGAAGCAGAAAGUCAGUAUGAAGCAUUAAAGAAAUAUGGAAAUGAUUUAACAGCACAAGCAGAAAGUGGAAAGAUGGAUCCAAUUAUUGGAAGAGAUGAAGAAAUUAAACGAGUUAUUCGUAUUUUAUCAAGAAGAACAAAAAAUAAUCCAGUAUUAAUAGGAGAACCAGGAGUAGGUAAAACAGCAGUAGUUGAAGGACUUGCACAACGAAUAGUUAAAGGAGAUGUUCCAAGUAAUUUACAGUGUCGAGUUAUUUUAUAUCCUGUCCUUCACUCUAUUCGAUGUACUAUCCAUAAAGCACUCUUAUAUUUCUAUUCUUCAUCUCAAUUAUUUCAUUAA